GGGACACCAAUUGUUUUGGGCAACACAUGUGAAUUGGGCGAUUGGAAACUUCCUGUCGUUCAAUUAAAUCAAGUCUCUAGAGAAAAGACCUAUUGGAAGUCAGAACCUGUUUCCAUAAAAAUUAAAAGUGAAGCAGUUAAAUACCGAUAUGCCAUUUAUAUCCGUCGAACUGACACCGAUAAGUUAGUCGAAGAAGUUAACGAAAUUUUCACUGAAGGGGGUCCCGAUUUUGAGUCUCGUGUCUUAAAACAUUCAUUUGAGAAUCAAUAUGAUAUUGUGGAUGAGUUCAGAAUUAACCAUCUUCGUUUUGCAACAGGAAUAAUCGAGGAUUACGCUUUCGUUCACAUUAUUUAUAGAAACUUGACCAUAGACAAUAUUAAUGAAAAAAUACACGAAUAUCUUGCAGUUUUAAAUAGAUUUCCAAACUUGACGAUUAACUCAGUAAAUUUUCAGUUUAUUGAAGAUAAUCUGAUGCUCAUACAAAAUCCUAGAGAUCAUAAAGAAAAAAUUCUUUUCUUGAUUAUCCUCUUAACUACUUUUAUUUAUGCGCAUUCUUCCGAUGAAUCUAGUAAACUUUUGUUACCAAACUCCUAUCACAACAUUUCGUUGCUUGAAUAUAAGACGCUACUGCAGUUCCUAUCAUCUCAAGUCUUACCUUAUCUUUAUGAAACUCAUAGUAUUCAACAAUAUAACAAGGUCACUCAGUGGUUAAUUCGCUUAAGUGAUGAUAAUAUAUUGAAUUUUCCGAAUGACUCCCCUCGCAAUAUUCAAGAAAAUGUUUCAACAAAAUCUGAAGGCGGUAAAUCUCGGUUUGUUAAACUUCCAAGUCUUUUUAGUAGAAAGAAUGAAGAUUCUUUCCAAACAUGCAAAGUUACUUUUCAUGUGCACUUGCCACCAAACAUUGAACAUCAUGGUCAGCCAGUGGUGAUAGGCAGUUGUAAAGAAUUAGGGAGAUGGGAUCAAGUUGUGGUCAUGCUAGAACGGCCUGAUAGAAGUCGUUUCCCAACUUAUUGGAGAUCAGAAACUGUCGAUAUU